UGGGUGGAUCUGUGAGUGAGGUGUAUUUUGAGCAGUGUGCAAGUACACUGCUACUGUAGACUAGCCUUAGCAGUCUGUGGCUACACUGAACCAUCUACAAUGCCCACACAGUUCACAAUCCGGAGUGGUAUUUAUGCAAUUUUGGAGUCCAGACCAUGGUCUUUGGGAACACCAUGAAUUCCCAUUUGACCUUUAUGAAUCUUCUCAGCGAAGAAGUAAAAAUACAGGACGUGCACCCAGGGACUAAGAGCAACGCAAUCGUUGCCUUUGUCUCCAUUGUGUCUCGAGCUGGUACUGAUAUCACAGCUGCUCUUACUUGCAUUCCUGUGAACCGACCUGUUGUUCUAGUUGUGCUCCACCACACGUUUGAUCCACAUUUCGUUGCUCCGGAGAGCCGACACUGUGUUACCCAGAAGAAUGUGUUCACUGUGGACUGCCUGUAUCACGAAGACCGAGGCCUGCUGAGAUGUCAGCGCAAUGACCAGGCACUGAAAGCAGUGAAAGAGCAUCUGAUAUCUAAAGGAGCAUCACCAGUUCGCUUUGAACAGGUGACGGCUGGAAACUGGGAACUGAUGUUCUGGAUACUUGCACUGAUACACAUCGCCCUGAUUUUCGUGGGUUGUCUUUCCCUCUGGUAUCUUCUCGUGGUGGUCUUUUUUGUGGUUCUCAAGAAGAAGUCUGGCUAUGGUGAACGGAUUCUUUGGCUUUUUCUUCUGUUCUCUGUCUUGGUGUUUCUCGUUCUCAUCAUUCAAUACUUCACGGCUUCAGACACUUCUGAUAACUUCUGAAUCUGUCCGACGCAGCACUUCUGAACAAAAGACUCAAAUAUUAUGAAAACAUAGACAUGCAAUAAAGAAAAUAAUGCACGAUUUUACUGAAAACACAUGAAGUUAAAAAUGAAGUUGUUUUGGUUGUUGAAGGCGUCUCUCUUUUUGAUUGGAUGGUGGGUUCUCUUUGAGAGGUUUGGCUCCUCUCAGUGUGUCUUCCUCUUGCUUUCCGUCUGUUUAAUCUACCUAUUUGUAUCCUAACUGCACUAGUCAGUGCAGCACACAUGGAGGAAUGGUUCUCCUUUUGAGUUUUGGUUCCUCUCAGUGGUUCUCCUGAUGCUCUUAAGGCCAGAACACACUGACCCAACAAAUCAACCAAAAAUCCACACCUUAGUUUUGUGGUCUGUGUCUUUUUCUGAUUGUUAGGAGUUUGUAGAAUGUUCUUCCCUAUUCACGCUGUUCUAGAAUUCCCUCCAUUCACACUGUUCUAGAAUUUCCCUCUUUCACACUGUUCUAGAAUGUUCUCCCCUAUUCAAACUGUUCUAUAAUCCCUGUAUGCUCACUGUUAUAGAAUGCCCUCUACCACUCACAUUGUUCUAGAAAGUUUUUUAACCUCAGUCACGUUGUUCUAGAAUGUUCCUCCCCAUUAGAUCGAGAAUAUUCUAUACCACUCACAAUGUUUUAGAACUUUUAUCCCUAUUCAUGUUGUUCUAAAAUUCUUCCCUAUUCACUUGAUUCUAUGUUCUCCCUUUCUAGUGUUCUCCCUAUUCACAUUGUUCUAGAAUGCCCCAUCGACAUUGAUCUAAAAUGCUCCCCGUCAUGCUGUUCUAGAAUGCUCUCCCCAUUAACACUAUUCUAGAACACCCUCCCCCAUUUGCACUGUUCUAGAAUGCUUUCCCCAUUUGCACUGUUCUAGAAUAUUAUUUUUCACAGAAAUCUGUUUGUUUUCUCAGUUUUUUUUUUCUGGACAUUCUAAAGACAGUUAGAACAUGAGGAUGUUUGUAGGGAAGAGCUGGAACAAUGUGGUCAGAGCUGUAGGGACGUUUUCCUGCCACUAUUGUGGGGCUGCAGCUGCAUAUCUGGAAAGUUUUGGGUUUUGGGCUGUAAAUUUAUUCAUUUAUAUUCAUUAAUGCCUCGAAAUGAAUGCUGUGGCCUGUCUGCAUCCCCAAGAUUAUUUACAAAUAAAUAAAUAAAUAAAUACAACAAAAUAAAUAAAAACUUCAACUCUUAAAAAUGUGCAUACUUGGUUCAUUUCAUAUAAUAUUAUAUUUAGUUUUUCAUGCUUCUGUGUAGUUUUCUGUUAAAUAUCUGCUUUCUGAAAUGUGGGUCUCUCGCUUUUACACAGUAGUAUUUGUGAAAAAUAAAUAAUACCCUGUUUAAACCUG